GAACAGCUUUCUCUCAAGGGCAGCUCUGACCACAAAAUACAUGACCAAGUCAGGGAGAGCCGAUAUGAUAACAAUGCUUGCCAUGGGAUGGAACAACAGGAAGGUGGAGAGUCUACACAAGACACUGGCGAAGCGAUUUGUUAAAAUUACACAGAGAGCAGAAAAGGAAGCAGCAAAUCUUCAGCAUCUCCAGCAUGACCUCAACAUCACUUUGGAGGACACAGAACAGUGGAUUGAGGAUGUGAAGCAGUGGGCAGCCACUGGGAAACAUGGUGCUCAUAGUAGCCAGGAAGAGCUCCAGAGAGAGAUUGAUGAGAUCAUCUAUUCCCUCAGAAGGAAGAAGCAUGAUCUCUACCGACAAAAUGUGGUGAGUCUCCGUUUGAAGAGGCGACUUUUUGACCAGGUCAUGCUGGUCAGGCGCAUGGAAGAGGAGAAACCAAUCCUUGUGAAGGAGAUGACUCAACAUUAUCAGUACCUGAGAAAGGCAUUGGACAAACUGGACAACCUCCUCCAUCACACUGAAGAGAACAUCAAGAACCAUACUACUCCUACAGAUAUGACAGAGGCUGGAUACAGGGGACUGCACUGCUGUCUUCUACAGAAGAAAGACAUUCUUCAGAAGAAACUGAGUGCUGUCACCAGCACCUAUGCCCGUGUAGACACAGACCCCGGUGUUUUUACCGUGUUGGAAGAAGAUCUGGAGGACUUUGAAGAGGAUUACAGCAGUUCAGAACUUUCAGAUGAAGAAAUGUAUCCGCCCCUGGCAUCAAUACAUUUGGACAUGUGUGGGUCAUGCAGUUAUUACAUGCUGAAUAUGUCUACUUGUAUGGAGCACCCUCUCGGUAGGAAGCCACAUUAUAUUUAAACAAACUUUAAACCACUUUUUUACUCAACAACAAAAAUAGAUCCAAGUUACGAGCCCCGAAGUUCUGUUUUGAAACGUUGCUGAAUCCGUUCUGCCAUUGAACAUACCCUCUGUAGACUGCGAAACAGAGCGACUGGAAUAAGUGCUAAAAUAGCAUUAUUUAAUGUUCAUGUAAAUGUUUUCAUGUCAGCAAAUUAAUCAAAAUACAAAAAUAUACGAUGUA